UGUCGCAAACAUAAUUUGCACAAUUACAACUACAAGUGAUUACACAUGCGUGUGUGUAAUGCAAAUUUGUUCUUUAUUAUUUGCUGUGCUAAUCUCAAUGUAGCGAAAAAAAUUCGCUACGACACAAUCUCAAAAUGAAUACCAACUAUAUAGCGAGUGCAUUGUGCUAUCAUGGCCAGCCAUUGCAGAAAAUAUGGGAGGAUGAGCGUGGAGUGGACGAUUUGCGGCAUUUGAAUCUAACGCAGCCCAAUUACAGCGUCUAUCAGGAACGUCAGAAGUAUUUCACAUUUCAGGAGCGAGCCAAGCGCUUGAAAAUCCAUCAGUUCCUGGCACGCAAGGCAAACGAAUUGUAUGACCGGCAACUGGUGAGCCAUGUUAUGGAGGACUCCUGGCUGGCACAGGUGAACAACUGUUUUGCCCCGCAGCCGCCAUAUGAAUACUAUAUGAAUAUUAAAGACAAGCGCAUGGCAUAUGCACACCGCAUGUCUGUACUAAAGCAAGGCGAUAUUAUAUGUGCAACGGUGCUUAAGAUUAUAACAAAUGCAAAUCGCAUUAUUGUCAAGCCAUUGUGCACGGCUGAGCCACUGCAUUAUUAUCUGGCGGAUAUACCCAUUAAGGCAUGCAUAAUGCAAGACCAAUGGGGUCCUUUGCCGCUGGAUAAACAAGGCAAUCCACGUGCGUUUGCUGUAAACGAUCUAAUACGCUGUGAGGUUUCCAACGUAUCUGCAGAUGUGGAACGCCUAACGCUGGGCAUGGUGGCAAUUUAUAAUAAAACGCCCAACAUUCAGCUAGGCCUAUGCGAUAUUAAUGAUUUUCCCAGCUAUUAUCGUAAAAUACAUAACAAGGAGCCACCGCCAAGUGUACACUAUGAGGAGCAGCUUAAGGAAAUGCUGGAAUUUGAUAAUCCCAACUAUGAUGUGCUAUUCCAACUAAAUGGACUGCUGCCAAACGAGCAACUAUCAAUGAUGAGCACGCUCAAGGCUGGCUUCCCAGACAACGAAUAUGCAACAGAGCUGCGCCAAAAACAAGCCUCACAGUGGGCAUUUCGCUCCGUGGCUGAUGGCAUUGAGCACUUUAAGAAUGGCCAACAAGUUGAGGCAUUCCAAUGCCUAAACAAAGCUUUAAACAUUGAUCCGCGCAAUGUUGAGGGUUUGGUGGCGCGCGGUGCGCUCUACGCGAAUCGGGGCAACUUCUUAAAGGGUCUCAAAGACUUUGAAACGGCGCUCAUGUUGAAUAAGUACCAUGUGAAUGCUCGAAAAUAUAUGGGCGAAACUUUGGUGGCACUGGGACGCAGCUACGAGGAAGAGAAUCGCAUACCGGAAGCUGUUAAAGCAUACAGCGAUUGCCUCAAUCUGUUGCCACAGCAUGAGCAGGCGCGCAGCUCAUUGGAUGCACUGCAGCAGCGACCCAUGCCCAAUGCAGGCGCUGGCUUUAUGUGUAUGCAGCCGCAGCCUCAACUAAGCAACGAACUGCUGCAUUUACCCAACGCCAGCAGCAGCAAUGCUGUUUCCUCGGAUGACUCCAGCAGCUCGAGCACCGGCAGUGACAACGAUACACAAGCCAACAGCAACAAGCUGCAACAGCCUUUCUAUGCGCUCGAGCAGGACAAGCGCGCCAUAAGCGAUGCCUUAACAGCAAAUGAGUUCAAGCUGGACGAUGACGAGACCAUGAGCAGUGUGCGUAAAUUGCUGCGCGACGCCAGCAAGCACAAGAAGGCCAAAAAGAAGAGCAAGAAGAAAAAGAGCAAGGAGCGCAAAUACAGCGGAGGCAGCAGUUGUAGCAGCUCUAAGAAAUCCAAAACAAAGGAGGACAAAACAUCGUUGGCUACCGAAGCAGCACUGGAAAUGCUUAAGAAAAUAGACUACGCCGAGGCUUAUAGACUCAUGAACAGCAGCUGCAGCGAUGCUCAACUGCGCAGCCAACUGAAAAAUUAUUUUAAGCAAAAACAACGCUCGGAAUCGCCACCGCCCCCGCCGCCGCCAAUGCUGUCAACUACAUCAGCCAGCAAUCAGCAGCGUAAAGCAGCAACAGCCACUGUAACCAGUAGUCAUAGUUCUUUGAUGCUGGGCCCGAGCACUUCAAGAUAUGCAGCAGCUGCUGCUAAGGACGAUGAGCAGGCACCGCCACCGCCGAAAUUUCGUAAUUAUCCAGAACAACAACAACAACGACAUCAUCAACAUCAAGAAUAUCAGCAAGAGCAACAGAAGCUUUCAUUUCAAAUCAAAAAACGUGCAUUGCAAAUGGAUAAAUUUGGACUGCUGCGCUUGGCAUCGCAUUCUCAAAGUCGCAGCCGCAGCCGCUCACCAAAGCGUCGACGCAGCAACAGUCGCUCGAACAGCAGACGCACAACUUCAAGGCGACGCUCGCAUAGCCGCAAUCGCAACAGCCGUAGCCCGAGUCGCAGUCACAACAUACGCCGCUCCAGAUCCAGACGUCGAUAUACACGCAGUCGGAGCUGCUCGCCGCCGCCGCGUUACGGUUCUGGGUUUAGGCGCUUCAACAACGGUGCGCGCAAUCGUUACUCGCGCUCACCUACACGCACACGCUCGCGCUCCCGUAGCUACAGUCCUUGGCGUCACCAGCAACAGCAUCAGCGUUUUCAGCCGCGCGGGCGUGGCCGUGGACGCUUUCAGAGACGCUGGCAUGAUGACAACCAACGUCAUCAUCACAAUGGCCGACGUCGCAGCUUUGAACGUGAUGUUAGUCCACCGGGUGUGGAUGGACCCAGCAUUGAGGAAGUCGACUCAAUGAUCAAAGAAGCACAAAAGGAACGCAAACAGGGUAUUAUUGAGAGCGACAAGGGCUUACUAAAGAAAUGAGAGAGUCUCGGCGUUUGUUGUUUGACUUGGACUAAUUACAAUUUAAGCUACUAAAAAGUGGAAUGGAAUUGAAGUGUUAAGUUUAUUCUUAUACUUGUUUAAUUUCUAUCCAUACUUAAUAACCAUUCAAAAUGUAAAUGCAAAUGUUUACUAAAUCCGCAUAGAAAUCCCAAAUAAAGAAGCUUUCAAAGCACUUUGCAUGUUA